AUGGAGCGACAUAAAUCUGAACAGACAUCAAAAUCGUCAGAAACCAGAGAGUGGACAUCAGAAAAGAAAUCAAAAAAAACCUUUGAAGCGAAGGAAGAAACAGUCAUAGAUGCUGACAAUAAUCCGUUGUUUGGAUCUGAACAUGAAAAGAAUUCGAACAAUGCAACUGCUAACCAAGACGAUGAGGAUGGUAUUGAUUUUUUAGUUAUCAAAGUUCGGACUGUUUACAGCAGUCAAUAUUGGAUAUAUUCAAGAUUGUUCUAA